AUGUCUCAAUCAAGGAUCCCUCAUUCUAUCUUCUCCAAACCUCUCUGGGGACCCAAGAUGUCUUUCUGGGUCACUUUGCUUCUUUUCGUCUUCCCCUGGCUGCCAACCUUCCUAAUCUUGGCACUGGUCCUCCUGCUCCUGCUCUGUGUCUAUCCCGACAUCAGAAGGCGGCGCAACCGCGCCAACUACGGGGACAACAGUGACUACUACAUUCCUGAGCUCUGA